AUGGCUCAAUUCCUGCGAGGCAAGCAGGCUGGUAUUCAAAGAGACCUGUCUGAGGGCUUGGCCCCAGAGCUCUUCGCGCUCGACGACUUCGAGCGAUGUGGUAUAAACUCUCAGAUCAGCGUGGUAGCAUACGAUCCCGUCCAGUCUCUCCUUGCCGUCGGCACCAGUGAUACCCAGUUCGGAAGCGGCCAGAUCUAUGUGUUUGGACAGGGGCGAGUGCUGGUGGUCUUUGAAUUUCCGCGCAAGGCCUCAGCGAAGUUCCUCCAGUUCUGCGCCGAUAAGAUUGUCAGCAUCGACUCCAAAAAUGAGAUCAGCAUAUAUUCUUUGGACACCCGGCGCCUGAUGACUUCCUAUGCGCCCCCGGGCCAGGCCACUUGCCUUGCGACGGACCCGAGCCUUGAUUACGCCUUCAUCGGUCUAGCAAAUGGCGAUGUGGUUGCGUACGAUCUCGACCGACAGUCUUUGUGUCCGUUCAAGAUCCCGAAUUUGUGGCUGGCACAGAACCCACGGUCCCGCCUCUGCCCUGUAGUGUCAAUCGCAUUCUCUUCUAGAGACAUUGGAAAGAUCCUUGUGGGAUACCCGGAAGGUGCAGUGACAUUCACCUUCAAGCAAAAUAUUGCGCAGAAGUACUUUAUCUAUGAGGUGCCAGUGGGCGCGCCAGGUGGUGACCCUGGUAAGCCUGCUAGUGGUACGCGAAGGCCUCUACUGAAGGAUGCAAUUUGGCACCCAAAUGGAAUUUUCGUCUUGACUGUCCACGAAGACACCAGUCUUGUCCUUUGGGAUUCGAAAGAUGGCCGGAAGCUUCAUGCCAGGACACUCCAAGCUACCAAUGUUGACCAACCAGGUGGAGGUCGGCCAGACCCGGAGGUGGCAUCUGGACCCAAGGAGCCAAUCACCAAAGUGACUUGGUGCGCAAAAGAAAACCCAGAUGAUACGGGUCUUCUUGUUGCGGGUGGAAAAUCUGUCCAAGAUGUGAACAAGGGCCUCACUUUCUUGGAUAUGGGUCCAACCCCUAACUACCAGACAUCUUCGUGGCAAGUCCUUGCCGGUUAUUUUGAGAGACCAAAACGCCACAUGAGUCUUCCAAUACCACCCGGGGCAAUUGCCACGACAUACUGUUUAAUUCCUCGUACUUCACCAUAUUUUGCCGGGGCCCAUGACCCAAUCGCUAUCCUUGCUGUGCUGUCUUCAGGAGAGCUACUUACCAUGAGUUUCCCAAGCGGCCAUGCAAUUACGCCAACCAACAUGCUCCACCCUUAUCUUACAUUCGUUCACCCAUUUAUCAACAAGAUCAUACUUACACCUGUUUCUCGAGAUACCUGGCUAGGGCUAAGAGAGCGUCGGGCACAAGGCCCUAAGUUCGUCUUUGGCGGUGCCGAAGCAAGGGACCCCCUGAAGCGUUAUGAGGACCGAAACAUAGUUACCACUGCUCAUGCAGAUGGUACCAUUCGCAUCUGGGAUGGUGGACACAACGAUGAGAUUGAAAAUUCAGAGUCAAUCCAAGUGGACUUGGCUCGGGCAGUGGGUCGAGUCCGCAACAUUGAAGUUUCCGAAAUGUCUCUCGCAGCGAGUGGAACAGGUGAGCUGUCUGUUGGACUUACAAGCGGUGAACUUGUAAUUUUUAGAUGGGGCAACAAUGCCUCAUAUGGAAAGGAGGAGGCUCCUGGUGCCAACCAGGGCCCUGGACGCUUGACACCAAUCACCAACCGGACAGAUCCCGGACUGAAGACGGGCCUUCUGCCUCUCACUCUCCUUGACAUGCAGCAAGGACGGGUAACGGCAUUGAAGCACAGCCCGGUAGGAUUUGUUGCCAUUGGUUAUGAGAGUGGAGGCUUGGCCAUUCUUGAUUUACGAGGUCCUGCUAUUAUUCAUACCGCACAAAUCUCCGAUUUCAUGAAGCCACCAAAGCGCAGCAGCUUCAUGAAGCCGAGUCGCUCAGAUAGCGCGCCAGCUGAAUGGCCCACUCACAUCGAGUUUGGCGUAAUGACCUUGGAAGGCGAAGAUUAUUCUAGCAUUUGCUGCUUUGUGGGCACAAACAGGGGAAAUUUGGCUACAUUCAAGAUUCUUCCAGGAGCCAAUGGAGCAUACUCCGCAGCUUAUGUUGGAGUUUCUAACGUCGAGGACAAGGUCAUCAAAAUUAUUCCGAUUGAUGCGGACUCUGGCGGACAAGCUCUUGCCACACCGAUUACAGUUGGCGGGCUGAGAAACGGAGUGAAGAUCAACGGCGUUGUGGUUGCUGUUACGGUGUCCGGAUGCCGGAUUUUCAAACCACCGACCGCUAAGGGUGCUCACAAGACAUGGGAUGAUUACCUCUGUGAUUCAGCCCAGGUCGUUAAGUCUGAAGGCCGGGGCUACAGCUUGGUUGGCCUCUUUGGCGAUGGAAAGACUCGCGCAUUCUCUAUUCCAGGCCUCAAAGAGAUCGGGUCGAGCAAUAUUAACCAAAUUGCUGACAUGCGCCGUCUUUCGGAAGCAUGCAUCACGCCCACUGGUAGUGUGAUGGCAUGGAUUGGACCUUCACAGGUCAGCCUGUUCAACGUGUGGGGCAAAGGAGCCACAAUGCAACCGUCGCAAGAUCGUCUAUACGACCCAGAGAAGGUCGUCCCUCCACGUCCCACGAUCACCAAUUUGCAGUGGAUCUCCGGCACUCAAUAUGUCUCACCAGCUGACAUGGAUAUGCUGAUCGGAGGCCCUGACCGCCCCCCAUCAAAGCGAAUGAUGGAACAGAUGAGACUGACCGAAGAAGAGGAGCGCAGAGCCCUCCGAGAAGGUCGUUCAGCUCCACCUCAACAGAAGUCACAGGAAGGUUGGGGUUCAUAUAUGUCUCGCCAGGUCCAAGAGCGCACAGAGCGCCUCGGAAUAGCGGGUGACACAAUGGACCGUCUGGAGGAGAAUAGCAGUAACUUUGCCGCGGAUGUGAGCAAGUAUGUGUCAAGCCAAAAGAAGAAGGCUAUCUUUGGCGUGCUCGGGUCGAAGUUUGGGCUCUAG